AUGGCGGGGGGCUAUGAGGGCGGCGACUAUGGAGGCCACCAGAACGGCGGCCUGGAGCACAUGGGAGACGGAGGUCACGGCGCCGGAGACGGCUCCGCCGUUUUUGUCUCCAACCUGCAGUGGUGGACCACUGACGUGGAGCUGGAAGGGCUGUGUGCUGCCUUUGGCCACGUGCUUUCCAUUCGCUUCCUAGACGACAAGGCGUGUGGGAAGUCGCGAGGCAUGGCCAUCGUGGAGUUUGCAGAGAGCGAGGCGGCGGCGGCGUGCAUCGCGGGCCUCAACGGGCGGGACGUGAACGGCCGGCCGUGCAGAGUGAGCCCGCAGCAGCAGCGGCACCAGGCGGGCGGCGGCGGCGGCGGCCAGUACGGCGCGGGACGCGGCGUGGGCAGCGGCGCGCCGGGCGGCGGCGGCGGGCGCGGGCCCGGCGGGCGCGGCCGUGGCGGCAUGGGCGCCCGCGGCGGCCGAGGCGGCGGCGGCGGCGGCGGCGGCAUGGAGGAGGUGGCGGCGGGGUCGGAACUGAUGGCAGCAGGCGGCAUGAUGGGAGCGGGAGGCAUGAUGGGACCCGGCGGCAUGAUGAUGAUGCCAGGGAUGAUGCCAGGCAUGAUGGGCAUGGCUGGCAUGGAGAUGAUGCCUGGCAUGCCCGGGAUGAUGAUGAUGCCGGGGAUGAUGCCCUUUGGCAUGCCAGGCAUGCCAGGCUUCAAGCCGCCUCCCCCUCCCGGAGGGCCUCCCAAGAAGGAGUGA